GUCCAAACUGUUCCGAAUGAUCCGAAUCAGCCCUUAAGUAUCAUUAUUCAGAGUACCUUACGUAGUAGGUUUAUAGUUAAUAAACCUUCAGACAGAAACUUUUUACACCUGAGUCAUGGUUAUUGUACAGUUUCCCUACAUGUAAACCUCUACUAUAUAUUAGGCUCAGUUAUACAGCUUCUCAACACCUUCUAUUUCCCUUACAAACAACUUCACUAUACUAGUCUUAACUAAAAUGGUUUCUUCAAAAGUUCUCCUUAUUCUCACUACUGCGUGCCUUGUGCAGCUUGGUGUGACUUCUCCGGAACCUGUGCCUGUGUUAGGCUGCGCUAGUUAUGCGCGAGGUACUCUUGGACCCUGCGCUGACUGCAGUGGAGACUGCGAUAGGCACGGAUUCCCCUGCUGCGCCGAAGUUCCUCCUACAGAGUGUGGAGGCCCAACAUGUCCUAACAAUUAGCUAUUUGACGAGAAAUGUCGCUAGGACCAAGUCAGAACUUGUUAAAGUGUGGUGAUUGGCCAUGAGCGAAAGUGGGUAGAUGUUGCUGUCAUUGGAUAGAUGGAUUUCCCUACUUAAGAGUGGCGCUUUGGAUGACAAAUACAUGGGUUAAAAGGCCACGAAUUCAAGGCCACAACCACAGCAAAUUCGCCAAUAGUUACGGAGGAGCCUGUCAAUAGUCCUUGCGGAGAAUGCCAAGCCCACCCCAUGAAUCUAGACCCACUUUAACUAUAAUCCAGCCAAUUAGAGCAACUAGAUUAAUCCCCUUUCUUUUUCUUAACUAGGGCCCUAGCAAGAGUAAUUAUUAUAACAAC